UACUACUUGAAAUCGAACAAAUCAAUCGGGUGCUAGCCGAAUUUAUCUGGUUUUUCUGAUUUCUGACGAGUUCUAGGAGUUACGCAACCACACGCUGUCAAUUUUCAUUUGGGUGUGGCUCAAAAGGCGCGAAAAGUUUUCUGGUGAGAUUUUCGCAAUGGGGCGUCACAGGUACCGAGGAAAUGUGGACUCGGACGACUCGGACUCAAGUGACGAUGAGCCACGGCCGAAAAGGUCCGCGCCUGGGGUCUCCACUACAGUAAAUUCACCCCCAGUUUCGGCCGAGUCCGCUAGAAUCGCGAGACUUGAGCAACUUGUGGAAAACUUGAAUCGACGUUUGCUAAACCGCAAUUUUGAGCACACAUCAGGACAAGUUGGCAUUAAAAGUGACCUGAUUCCUGAAUUCGCUCCAGGAAACCCCAAUUUUAGUACCACUAAGUGGUUGCAUAAAAUUGACCAGUUGGCUCUCGUGAACGGUUGGGACGAACGUACAACGAUUUACGGCAUGAUAAGUCGACUCAAGGGGUUGGCCAAGGAGUGGUACGACAAUCUCGAUCCCUCAGCAUACGACCGGAGCUGGGAUGAAUGGAAACGUUUGUUACAAGCCACCUUCCCCGAUCACCACGAUUAUGCUUCCACACUUCGUAAGCUAGUGAAUAGGGUGAAGGAAGAUGGGGAAACCUGGGCACAAUAUUAUUUUGGGAAAUUAAAUCUGUUGCAGGCUUGUGACAUAACAGGAACGAAUGCAGUCUCCUGUCUUAUUGAUGGAAUCACUGACGUGACUCUCAGAAAUGGGGCUAGAGCAGGGCGUUACGUUACACCCGAAAGCUUGUACGCUGAGUAUUUGUCGACUCUGAGAUCCGAAGGUGACAAGCGGGAUACGCUCGCAAAGCAGGCGCCUCGGGAAAGGAGGAGGUUCCUUCCAAGUCGAGUCGAAGCACAAAAACUGUAUUCGUCAGUUCGGUGUUACAAUUGUCGUAAUCGAGGACAUGUUGCGACAAAGUGCCCGAAACCAAAAAUUGAGUGCAAGAAAUGUGGUCGCAUUGGACAUGUGGAUGCUGAGUGCCAACGUGGUAACGUAGUAAAAGAAAACAUGUCUAAGCAGGCACUAACGACAAGUGUAGCUGACGCAAGUAAUAAUAAGAAUUAUUACAUAGACAUUAAGGUCAAUGGUAAGCCGACGCGAGCUUACAUUGACUCAGGAGCUGAACCGGUCCUUGUCAAGCAAAGUGUUGCUGGAGAAUUGGGACUGAUGUGGCAGCCAAGUUUACAUUUGAUUCGUGGUUAUGGCCAGGGAAUCACCAAAGUGCAUGGGGGAGUCGAAGUAGAGCUAGAAGUGGAUCUUGUCAAGGCAAACGUAAAAGCUUUGAUCGUCGAAGACAGUGCACAACGUGUGCCUGUCAUAGUGGGACAGACCUUCCUGAAUGCGGGUGCUAAUACGAUUAUAGCAAAUGAGGAAGCUGUGAGAGUAGUUGACGGAAACAACGAAUCGAUCCAAGCAUUUCUAGGCCAACUUCCGACACGAAAAGUUGCACUUUGGGCGGAAGAGGAAACAGUGAUCCCUCCUCAAUCCAUUGGUUGCAUACGAAUCAAGGCAAAAGACGAUGGGUGGAAAGGAGCUUAUUACGUUGAAGGGUGUCAACGUCCGAGACCAGGGUUCGAACACGUUGUUCAUCGGUGUGUCACAUGUGAUGGAGGCCUAGUGACCGUUCGCAAUCUAUCGCACCAAGAUCUGGUCUAUCGAAAGGCGCAAAUCGUUGCGAGAGCUGAGCCUUGCGAGCAGGAAAGGACAGCUACGACGACUUUAAAAGACAUCUUGACGAGCAGACCAGUUCUUGCAAUUUACGACGCGGAAGCUGAAACGGAGUUACACACUGACGCUUCUAAAGUUGGAAUUGGUGGCAUUCUGUUGCAACGACAAGGUGAUGGAUCUUUGCGUCCAGUUAUGUUUUUCAGCCGACAGACGACCAAAGAGGAACAAAGGUACCACUCGUACGAGCUAGAAACGCUAGCGGUGACUGUAAUGCUUUACGAACAACCCUUACCAAGAGAGAUUUGA